ACACACACACACACACACACACACACACACACACCUCAAGGACAUGUUCCAUGCUUGCAAGAUAGCGUGCCGUGUGCCAGGCUGACCUACACCUAUCUACCCGCCGUGCCUGGCUCCAGCAGGUCCAGUCUGCGUGGCUCUCUUACCGCCUGUGCCUCGCUGCCCGCCCUGCGCCAUGGCUGACGCCCAGGAAGUGAUGAUGGUGGUGGCACGCCUGCUGCUGUGGCUGGUGGCCACCGUGUACUUCUUCCUAGAGUCCCUGGUGCUGUGCCUGGUGCCUCGCAGCUACCGCAGGAAGGACAUCAAGGGCAACAUUGUCCUGGUGACGGGCGGCGGCUCCGGCAUCGGCCGCCUUAUGUGCCUCAAGCUGGCGGCGAAGGGCGCCGUGGUGGUGACCUGGGACGUGUCCGAGGCAGGUAAUGGUGAGACGGUGCGGCAGGUGCAGGCCGCGGGGGGCCAGUGUCACGCCUACACCGUGGACCUGUGUGACCGCCAGGCCGUGUACGCCGCCGCCACCAGGCUCAAGCAGGAGGUGGGCAAUGUGGACAUCCUGGUGAACAACGCGGGCGUGGUGACGGGCAAGAGUCUCAUGAACUCCCCCGAUGACAGCAUCCAGAGGACCUUCGACGUGAACGUCUUGGCUCACUUCUGGACCACGAAGGCCUUCAUGGGACACAUGCUGGCACGGAACAAGGGCCACAUCGUCAACAUCGCCUCCAUGGCCGGCAAGAUAGUGUGCAGCGGCCUGGUGGACUAUUGCUCGUCAAAACACGCGGCUGUCGGCUUCCACGAGGCGCUGCAGACGGAGCUGAAGGCGAUGGGCAAGUACGGGGUGAAGACAACCUGCGUGUGUCCUGUUGCUAUUUCCACCGGGAUGUUCCAAGGCGCUGGCUCAAAAUUCUUCCCAACGCUUACGCCAGACUGGGUUGCCGAGGAGGUGGUGGACGCAAUACUCAUGAACACCUCCACGCUGUACUUGCCAAACUACAUGUGGCUCAUGCCGCUGCAGAUCAUGCUGUUCCCUCAAAAAUCCAUGGACAUGCUGGGAAAUAUUCUGGAGAUGCAAGACUUUAUGAAGAACUUUGUGGGCAGAAGCAAGACUAACUGACCUGCCUCACCUGGCCUGCCUCACCUGGCCUGCCUCACCUGGCCUGCCUCACCUGGCCUGCCUCACCUGGCCUGCCUCACCUGGCCUGCCUCACCUGGCCUGCCUCACCUGGCCUGCUUCACUUGACCUAACCUUUCCUUUUACUUUGCUUAAUUUUACUUAAUCUAACCAAACCAAAUCCAACCUGACCUUACGUUACUCUGACUUCAUCCAACUUCAUCUAACCUCACCUUAUCUAACCUAACCUAACCUAACCUUACCUUACCUUACCUGUAUCUCGUUUUCUUUGGUUCCCGUUUUCUCUGUCAUUGUAGCUGUGGUAAUGAAAGCUGCAAUGAUGUCACUGUGAUUGGAGUCGAACGUGUAAUAGAAGCGAUUGUUGUUGUUGU